CGUGCGAGUGUGUGCGCGUCUCAGUAGUGGUUCUGGCCCGCUGCGGAACGGACUGCUCUCCGCCACUGUCCCGCCCUCCCCCUCACGGCCUAGCGCGCCCCUCAGUGCCUCUCGGACAGUGCUGGAGGGACGACGCGGGGGUUUGGUGAGCUGACGAGACACAGUGACACGGAGAGAGACAGUGAGAGAAAGAAGCAGCGAGCUAGAUUAAGCAAAAUUCCCGAACGAGUGAGCCAGGGAGAGGAAGAGGCGAGAGAGAGUGAGGGAGGGCCAAGGUCAGCGGAAAGAGGAGGAAGCACAAAGGGAAUGUACUAGAGAGAGAGAGAUAACACGAUACACUGACGAGAAACAAAGAGAGGGAGGGAGGGUGUGUUUUGGCCUCAAGUUGAAAAAAAUAUAUAUAUCACCGAACGAAAUGUUCUAUGAGAGAAAGAGAGGGAUUAAGGUCACUCUUCCACUCUCACUCACUCUCUAAUUACUCUUCCUCCUCCUUCUCCUCCUACUCCACGCCUCCUCUCUCAUCGCUCCUCACUCGAGCACAGCAUCUGGCUACCUGUUACGCGAGUGUCGGGGGCGGCGAGGCACAUGAUGCACUAGCCGAGCCUCUCACAGCCUCCCGCCAACCCCCCGAGGCACGCCACUGCGACCAGGGUGCCUUUCUGCCUCCAGAGGCCCUCUACGCAGCCGAGAGAGAGCGACAGGAGCGCGUCAAGAGAGCCAAGCAGCGGGGCGGCCUUCCUGAAGGCCAAGCAUUACCACACCCCCUCCCCCGCGUGGUGCCACUGCCCUGCUCCUCCUCUAGGCGCAGACACGCACGAAUAGAAAGUCUGGACUCCCGAGACUGUUCGUCCAUCAAAGAGUUUUUCAGUAGAUGUAGAUGCCGGCGUGUGUUUCCUGAAAGGUUGGUCAAAAGUUUGGUUUUGAUAGAGAAGUGAAAGCGAAACAAAAUAUAUAGAUAUAUACAUAAAAAAAAAAAUAAACCUAAAUCCGCCGUCGUUCCUCGCGUGCGGCGUUAAAAAAAGUGUCUUAAUCAAGCGGCAGUUCACCGCCCGUUCUUCUCGGGCCUAAAUAAGGAAAAGGAAUAAUUAAAACCAAAAAGUGAAAUUGGCUAAAUAAAGAUCAAGAGUAACAUCGUCUGGUGCUUGACGUUCGUCGGACUGUGUUAAUGUGGUGACCUUCGUCUGGCAGGUCACAGUGCCAGGUCACGGUGCCACGGGUCACAGGUGCUGGAGGGUCAGUUCUCAGUGGCGGGGUCAGAGGCGCGCUGGGGCCAUGCGGUGUUAGCGGCGGGGAGGGAGGCAGGUGGCCCCAGCAGGCGCGCGUGUGACCUGUAAUGAGGAGCCGUGACCUGGUACGAGCCUCCAGGUGGUGUCGCACCAGCGGUGGCGGUGGCGGCGGCGGCCGGGCCCCCCACCUCGCGCCGCCCCCAGCAUGCGGUAGUGCCCCGGGCAGCUCUUCUUAGUCUCCCGCUGUCGACCAGCCGCCAGCAUGACUCCCCAGGUGGCCUUGCUCCUCGCCGUCCUCCUCGCAGACAUCGUGCUGGCCAUGCAGCUGUCCUCCAUGUGCUUCGGGGCGCUGCUGGCCCUGUGUGUGGUGGCCUGCUGCGCCUAUCACAUCUGUGGCCCCGCCGAGGAGCUCGACUACGGCCGUUACUCCUCGUUCAAGAACGACCACCCGCGUCUGCCCCCGGAGCUCCUGCGGGAGAUCUACACUCUGCCCGCCACCACGAGCCUCCUCCAGCCAGAGUCACGGCCUGGCUCUGCUGUGAAGCAGCCCGCCACCCUCCCCCAGCCCUCGCCCUCCAUCCACGCCAGCCGCCCAGCUGAGGUGGCCCAGGUCGGGACGAUGAGUGGCUUCAUGGAGGGACGCAUGAGGGCGGCGUCCGUAGGCAGGGACAUCAGGGAGUCUUUAGGAGGGCAGCGGACUGCCCUCACUGGCCACCUGCCUAACGGAAGGCUUCGUGGCCCCACGACAGGCGAGACGACGCCGCCGCUGCUCCGCCGCCCUCUCACCGUCCAGAACACGCGAGCAGAUGUAUGCCGGCCGCCACGUCUCCUCAACCUCAACUGCAUGGUGGACGGGCGGCCCCGCCUGCUGACGCUGUCCGCCAUGACAUCGUCGCGGGCGGCACGGGAGGUAGCGGGGCGCGGGGCAGCCAACAGGCUGGCCGCUCAUGACCAGACCAGCUCAACCUCUCGAUCUGGCCCGUGCCGCCGCUGCCUCCAUACCCUCGCUCUCCCACACCCACAGAUUCCUUCUCCGAGCCGCACACCUCCCUCGUCUAGUGGGAGGAGUGUGGGCGCCCCAUACGGGCGACGUGUGGCAAGUUUUACAGUGACCGUCCGGGAUGACGACGGAACUCCUAGCGGUGAGGUCUUCGGCACCAGCGGCGGCUGCGGCGACGGCUGCUGAGGUGUGUAUUGUGAGUGGCAAUGAGGCGGACAUAGUGUAGUUUCAGCAACAAAAUAACUCUGGGACCAAACAGUCGUCGAUGGUUGUA